CAAUUUUCAAAUGUCUCCUGUUUGUAGGAAGUGACCGUGAGUGUGUGCGGGUACAGGCGGCUGCGCGGCGUAACGUUCUCGGGUGCAAGCGAGCGGCUUCAGCUCAGUCACCGGCAGGCAGCAGCAGCAGCAGGUUACAUCUGCAUAGUAAUGUCUUUCCAACCUUCAGUCAUGUUGAGCAAGAAAGAAGAAAAGGGGAAGAAUAUCCAGGUGGUUGUACGAUGCAGACCUUUCAAUCAGUUGGAGCGCAAGGCGAACUCCCAUUCAGUGUUGGAAUUUGACGCCCAACGGAAAGAAGUUUCGGUCCGAACCGGGGGAAUAAAUGACAAACUGGGGAAGAAAAACUAUGCGUUUGACAUGGUAUUUGGACCAUCUGCCAAACAAAUUGAAGUAUAUAGGAGUGUUGUGUGCCCGAUCUUGGAUGAAGUUAUUAUGGGAUAUAACUGUACUGUUUUUGCGUAUGGACAGACUGGCACAGGAAAGACAUUCACUAUGGAGGGGGAGAGGUCCGCUGAUGAAGAGUUUACUUGGGAACAGGACCCUCUAGCAGGGGUCAUUCCUCGGACACUUCAUCAGAUAUUUGAAAAGCUCUCUGAGAAUGGCACGGAGUUCUCAGUAAAAGUCUCAUUGCUGGAAAUCUACAAUGAGGAGUUGUUUGAUCUUCUAAGUCCAUCUCCGGAUGUCGGUGAGAGACUGCAAAUGUUUGAUGAUCCCCGAAACAAGAGGGGAGUCAUAAUCAAGGGUCUGGAAGAAGUGACCGUACAUAACAAAGAUGAAGUUUAUCAUAUCUUGGAAAGAGGGGCUGCCAAGAGGACCACAGCGUCCACCCUAAUGAAUGCUUACUCCAGCCGAUCCCAUUCCGUGUUUUCGGUCACAAUCCAUAUGAAAGAAACCACAGUUGAUGGUGAAGAGCUGGUUAAAAUUGGGAAGCUGAAUUUGGUGGAUCUGGCAGGCAGCGAGAACAUUGGCCGCUCUGGAGCUGUAGACAAGAGAGCCCGUGAAGCUGGAAAUAUCAAUCAGUCUCUGCUGACUUUGGGCCGGGUAAUCACUGCCCUGGUCGAGAGGGCCCCACACAUCCCAUACAGAGAGUCUAAGCUCACAAGGAUCCUGCAGGACUCGCUUGGAGGAAGAACAAAAACAUCCAUCAUCGCCACAGUUUCUCCAGCCUCCAUUAAUCUGGAGGAAACGGUGAGCACUUUGGAAUAUGCAAACCGGGCAAAGAACAUUAUGAAUAAACCUGAAGUUAAUCAGAAACUGACCAAGCGGGCACUGAUCAAGGAAUACACUGAAGAUAUUGAGCGCCUGAAGAGGGACCUCGCUGCGGCCAGAGAAAAGAAUGGAGUUUACCUCUCCUCUGAAAAUUAUGAACAGAUGCAGGGGAAAAUUCUGUGCCAAGAAGAGCUGGUGUCGGAGCUUACAGAAAAAAUUGCAGCUGUGGAGGAGGAGCUGAAAAGGACCGCUGAGCUGUUUAUGGAGAGUAAGAAGGAUCUGGAGGAAUGUAGCACAGUGCUGCAGUAUAAGGAGAAGGAGCUGGAGGAGACCCAUCAUUCUCUGCAGAAAUCUAAAGUAAAGCUGGCUGAGGAAGCAUUUGUGGUGUCUGCUUUAGAGACUACAGAGAAGAAACUUCAUAACACCGCAAGCAAGUUACUUUGUACGGUUCAGGAGACCAAAGAAGAUGUUUCUGGUCUCCACGCUAAACUGGAUCGCAAGAAGGCAGUGGAACAACACAACGCCGAGGUCCAUGGGAAGUUUGCGGAACAGAUGGAUAAAAUGUUUAGUACUAUUCAGCUUUCUGCGGAGGAGUACAGUGCUAAGCAGCAGGGGAUGCUGGACUUCUACACCAGCUCUAUAGAGGACCAUCUGACUGUCAGCACUUCCGGAUUACAGGCCACAGCUGCAGCAGUGACCACGUCUUUUAGUAGUAUUCAAGAAACUGUAUCAAAACAGGUGGCCCAGAGCACUGAUGAAAUAUUAAAGCAGGAAGGUCUGUCCUGCCAGGCGAAGGCUGACCUGCAGAAACUUAUGACUGACCUCCGCUCCACACUGCAGAAUGCUCUGAUAACUGAUUUACUGCCCAUUGCGGUUUCUGUUUUGGAGUUAAAUUCUCAAUUGAGCCGAUGCUUGCAAAACUUCUCAACUGUUGCUGACAAGGUGAAUUCCCAUAAAGAAGAAAUGAAUGUGUUUUUCACCGAUCACUCUAUGAUGCUGCACAAAUUGCGUCUGGACUCCACGUCUGCCCUGUCCAGUCUUCAGUCAGAAUGUCAGCUUCUGGAAGAGGAAAUACAGGCUGCUGAGACUCUACAUUCAGAGGGAGUGAACAUGUUACAAAACCAGCUGAAUCUACUCUCCAUGAAAACACAUCAGAGCUUUAAGGGACUUCAAGCUAAAAGAGAGACCCUAAAGAAAUCAUCUGGCUCCUUGCAGCAGGAUCUCGAUAAUGUUACCUCAGAAGCCAUUGAGCGUGCUUCCACCCAUCACCAGGUAUUUGGGGACUGGUGUGGAGACGUAGCGAGUGAGAUUAGACAACUGGCAGAGUCAAACAUCAGCACCGUAGAAGAAUCCACAAGGCAGUGUGAGAAGCUGAGCAGUAGUAUCACAACUGUUUCUCAGGAAACCGAGAACUGGUGGGAAAUCACUAGCAACAAAAUGGCUUCCAUCUCUGAACAGCAGGAGAGCUACUUACAAAUGACCAAAACGCGGAUUCAGCGCCACCAAAAAGACAUAGAAGACAGCUGUAGCUCCUCGGUUGUGCGGGUUACAGAGAUGGUGACCCAGCAGAGUGCAGGAGAAUACAAAGCGUUAUCCAAUUUGAUGGUACAGGUCAAAGAUGAUAAAGAAAAGAUUGGAGAGCAGAAGCUGGAGCUCCAAGAGCAGGCACAGACUGGCCUGAAUAAAGUUUACUUUUACAUUACAGAAGAGUUGAAAAACGACAUCCCUACAGGCACCACACCUCAGAGGAAAGACUAUAUUUGCCCCUCUUCACUCAUAAAGACAAAACCAAGGGAUGUUCUUCUAGAACAGUAUAGGAGACGGCAGGAAGAGUUUCAGAUUGCUGCAUCCAGCGUCUCUAUAGUGGAGGAGCCGGUGGAUCAGGAUUCGCUGGAGGAUGAACCGUGUGCUAAUGAAAGUAACAUUAAUGACAAAUCCAUCAUAGAUAUCAAUGUUGUGUGCCAAGAGAAUGGUGGCGUUCCCUUCUUCCAGCAAAAGAAGGGACACAGAAAAGAAAAAGAAAACAAAGCAAAUUCAGCAAUUUUGGACCGAUCGAAAGUCCUGGAUGAUGGAGAACUGCCCAAAUCCAAACUGCCUCUGCGAAUUCAGAACUGAGAUGUGCCUCCUGCCGUGUAAAUAGUGUACCCGUCUCACUGAGAACUUUUUUUUAUAUUUUUAAAUCCAAUGUAUGUCUGUUCAGCGCUGCACGUGUUGGUUAUUUUAGUCUCCUGGACUCUGUUUCUUUGUGUCUCUAUGUCCAUGUUUAUGUUAAUAUAUAUACGUCAAAACAUUAAACCUCAACAAUUAAUUUACUUUUGGCAGCUGAAGCAAGAGUUCUGCAAUCAAUUAAAUUUUCUAUUUGCUGAAUAAA